AUGCAGUCUAUGAGAGAUGGUGAUUUCAGAUUUAUCAUGCAUUAUCAAGAUCAUCUGACCAAGUUUGCUAUAUUGCGAGCACUUACAUCAAAGCACGCAUCAGAAGUCGCCUAUCAGCUACUAGAUAUAUUUUUACUUUUUGGUGCCCCACAUAUCCUGCAGUCGGAUAACGGACGUGAAUUUACGGCCAAUAUUAUAAAAGAACUGAAAGACAUGUGGGCAGAUUGUACAAAAGUUCAUGGAAAACCUCGACAUCCUCAGUCACAAGGAAGUGUUGAAAGAGGAAAUACAGAUAUCAAAGACAUGCUGGUUAUCUGA